CUUUGUCCCUCCCCGUCCCUCCUCUUUCUGCCUUUGAGGCUGCCUCUCGGUUUCUCCUGCUCUUUGCAGCUCGCUCGGCUCCCUUUGACUUGCGUCCUCGGCAGGAUCCCUGGACCAGCCGCCAUGGCCGACAUGAAAUCAGGCAUCUUUGCGAAAAAUGUCCAAAAGAGGCUGAACAGGGCGCAGGAAAAGGUACUUCAGAAGUUAGGCAAAGCUGAUGAAACAAAAGAUGAACAGUUCGAAGAGUACGUUCAAAACUUUAAACGGCAAGAGGCAGAAGGUUCCAGACUCCAGAAAGAACUCCGAGGAUAUUUAGCUGCAAUCAAAGGCAUGCAAGAUGCUUCUAAGAAGCUUACAGAGUCAUUACAUGAAGUAUAUGAGCCUGAGUGGUAUGGCCGAGAAGAUGUGAAAGUGGUUGGAGAGAAAUGUGAUGUACUUUGGGAAGAUUUCCAUCAAAAGCUGGUAGAUGGGUCACUGCUGACCUUGGAUACAUAUCUGGGACAGUUUCCGGAUAUAAAGAAUCGUAUUGCAAAGCGGAGCAGGAAGUUGGUGGACUACGACAGUGCAAGACAUCACUUGGAAUCCUUGCAGGGUUCAAAGAGAAAAGAUGAAGGCAGAAUUUCCAAGGCAGAAGAAGAGUUUCAGAAAGCACAGAAAGUAUUUGAAGAUUUUAACAUUGAUUUGCAAGAAGAACUGCCAUCUUUAUGGUCAAGACGAGUCGGCUUUUAUGUGAACACAUUCCAAAAUAUCUCCAGCCUUGAAUCCAAAUUUCACAAAGAAAUAGCUUUGCUAUGCCACAAACUUUAUGAGGUGAUGACCAAGCUGGGAGAACAGCAUGCUGACAAGGCCUUCACCAUUCUAGGAGCACCCAGUGAUUCGGGUCCACUCCGCAUUGCAAAAACUCCAUCACCACCUGAAGAGGUCUCACCUCCACUUAGUCCUGAAGCUAGUCCUAAUCAUACGUUGGCACCAGCUUCUCCAGCACCAGCACGGCCUAAAUCUCCUUCACAGCUGAGGAAAGGCCCUCCUGUCCCACCAUUGCCUAAACUUACGCCAACAAAAGACCUGCAACAGGAGAAUAUCAUCAGCUUGUUUGAUGACAACUUUGUUCCAGAAAUAAAUGUGACGACCCCUUCACAGAAUGAGGUUCCUGAAGCUAAAAAAGAAGAGUCUUUGCUAGAUCUGGACUUUGAUCCGUUCAGACCGGAUGCUGCUGCUCCUGUGGCUGUAGGACAUUCACCAAUGUCUCAGACGCUACCCUGGGAUUUAUGGACGACAAGCAGCAGCGAACUGGUGCAGCCAGCAUCCAGCAGUGAUUUUAAUGGUUUCACACAGGAUACUUCCCUGUUCUCAAUGCAAGCAAGCCAUAAUGUGAUGGAUAACUUGACUGAGGCAGAAGAAGCUCCAUCUUUAGAACUCCCGACUGAGGAAGCCCUCAGUGCUCCUGAUGUGGCUGCCUCUGCUACCGAACCAGGAGCACAGCCUGUGGAGGCUACUGAGCCAGCAGCUGAAGCUGUGGAUGCUCUAGAAGCAGCAGGGGAAAAGGAGACAAGUGGACUUGCUGAGAAAGAGUGUGAGUUACAGAUGGAUUCUGUGGUGGAAGGUCCUGUAGUGGAAGGUCCUGUAGUGGAAGAUGAGACUGUUGGAGCUGUUACUGUAAUUGAAGGUGAUGAAGUUGCUGCUAUCCCUGGAUCCGAAGAUAUUGAUGAAAGUGACAAACCUCAUACUGAAGGAAAAGUUACAGAGGAACCUCAGGAAAACCUCAGCAACAUCCCUUCAGUAGUAAUAGAGCCAGCAUCAAAUAAUGAAGGGGAAGGAGAAGAUCAUGAGGUGGUAGUGAAUGAAUCUAUAGAUGUUGUGGAAGAUAGUGGCACUGAAGGCCCAGCUGGUGAACCUUCAGAAGGUGCAAGUGAGCCAAAAGCCAUCAAGGAAGUCCAGCCUGCACCUUCGGAGGAACAGCCUGUAUCAGCAGAUGAUGGCAUGCCACCUGGCUUUCGCUUUAAGGUUGAAGCUUUACAUGACUUUGAGGCAGCUAACAAUGAUGAGCUGAACUUGCUGCGUGGAGAUAUUGUACUAGUAAUCCCCUCAGCAGCAGCAGCGGAUCAGGAUGCUGGCUGGUUUACAGGCAUUAAGGAAUCUGACUGGCUUCAGUACAAAGAUGCAGAUACCUAUAAGGGACUCUUCCCCGAGAACUUCACCCGCCGCUUGGAGUAGCCCCCAGCUCAGGCAUAAAGAGUACUGUAGGAAGCUCAGUCCCUACACUUUGAAACUCUCCAAACCACAGGAGCCCACCUUGAUAGUUGAGCCAUCACGGUUUACAGACUGGUGCCAGACAAAAACUCGGUGACCCACAUAUCAAAUGAGCAUGAUUGCAAGAAGUUAAAGCUAGUAUAUUCUUGAAGCAGUACGUGGAAAAAAUUGUCUUUAUUUGUUCACAUAUACGUGGCAACAGGUUUGUUUGUACUUUGUCAGAGCUAUGGUGAUCCUGUAACUUGAUCCUUUCCCAUGCAAAUCUGAGUAGCCUCCUCAAUACCAGAACCUUAACUUCUCUGCACUAAGUGUAUCGUAUUGAGUGGCUGCACUGCAGAAGACUUGAUUAGUAAUCCUGUAGUAAUGAGGUCAAACUAAUUUCAAUGUGUUUUAAAAAAAGAAAUUUGCUGCAAAGUUUUUCAAUGUUAUUUUCAAACACACACACACACACACAUAUAUAUAUACAUACAUGAACGCAGAUGUGUUGUAUGUGUAUAUAGAACAGUGCAUAUAAGAUUCAUUGGUGGCCAGCUAGCAGCAUAUGUGCCACAGCUAGCAUGGACAGCUACCGGCAGUGGCAAAGCUGGACAGGCAGUGGAGGAAGCAAGAGUCUGGUUAUGGGUUUGGGCAUACAGCUGGGCCUAUACGCAGACCUGCUCUCCAGACUAAUAGGCAGAGUCAUGGGAUGGGAGACCUCUUUUGUGCUGUAACACACACGAGAAUGGUACUCUCUUAUCUGCUGGAAUUGACUUGUGGCAUACGUCCUCAAAGGUGGGCCACCACUGAUUAUAUAUGCAUUAGCACAUAUCUUACCUACUCAUUGUAGUUCCUUGAUGUAGUAUUGUUCAUACAAGCAUUUGCUCGUCGUCUUGCAUCACAGGAAAGAAUUAUUUUCCAAUGAAAACAAGCUGCUCCAUUGCCAAAACAUUAGACAGUUAAUAUCUGCAUUUGUAAUACAAAAUUAUUAUUUCAAAAUGAAAAGUUACCAAGCUUACAUUCAAAGCUGCUGAAACACCCGGGAAGGCAUGGCUCAGGCGCCUCUAUACUACCAACUGCUAUAGCUAGGGAUGAGAUAAUUCUGAUAAAGGGAGUUGCAAUGCUUAUUUUAUUUUAAAAAUUUAACUGGCUGGUUGAAAACAUACGAGUCUAAUAUGAGGAAAGAGGAAUAAACACAAUAUAUUUUCACCAUAUGUAUUUAUGCAGCACACCUUCAAAGAUCCCUUUGAAAGUAAAAAUAUGAUGUACCCUGUUUCAAUAAGUCAUCUGUAACUAUUGUUUUUCAAUGUUGUGUCAUUCAAAAUAAACCUUUGGUCAGCUUA